CACUCCGGCCAUCAUUCCAAGUUGAGCUCUCGAGCAGUGCACAUCGUGCCUUGCCCGCUCUCUGCCGCAGUCGUCUCUGACUCUGCUCUCGUCGUCUGCUCGACUCCCUUGGAUUACCCGCCUUACGAGCUUCUCGUCGUGUGUCGUGCCUUAGUGCAGUGCAGUGUUCAGUGCCUUGUGUGAACAGCAAUCAUCAUGAUCAGCGAACAAGCUAUGUCUCCCGUCGACAUGGACAUGGAUAUGGACAUGGAGCAGGUCCAGCCCAUCUCAAGGACUUACCAAUACAGAAAGGUGAUGAAGCCCAUGCUUGAGCGCAAACGCCGCGCCCGCAUCAACCGCUGCCUGGACGAGCUCAAGGAGCUGAUGGUCGGCGCCCUGACUGCCGAGGGCGAGAAUGUCAGCAAGCUGGAGAAGGCCGACAUCCUGGAGCUGACCGUGCGCCACCUCCACCGCCUGCGCCGCGAGCAGCGCCUGGCCGCCAACCCUGUGACCGAUGCCGACCGUUUCCGCGCCGGAUUCACUCACUGUGCCACCGAAGUGUCGCGUUGCCUCGCCGCCACCCCCGGCGUCGACGUGCAGCUCGGCACCACGCUCAUGACCCACCUCGGCCACCGCCUCAACGAGAUGGACAAGCUGGCACCCCUCAGCGUCCAGGUCGCCGCCACCACCCCGUCCUCCGCGACGCCCCCUGCGUCUCCCGCCUCCUCUGCCUCCUGCCCGUCGCCGGCGCCCCAGGAGUACGCCAUGCCGUUGACACCCGCCUCUUCCCGCAACUCCGCGUCGCCGCGCGCACCCUCCCCAAUCACCUCCGCCGUGGCGCCCGCCCACCACUCCAUGGAGUUCACCGGCGGCCUCCUCAAGGUUGUCGACUACUCCGUCAAGAAGCCCGUCGAAGUCGAGCCCAUGUGGCGCCCGUGGUAAACGCAAGUGCAAGUUGCGUGGGAUGAUGUGUAAAUGUACUGUAUGUGCCUUAAAUUUGCUGAUGCUCGUGUGCCUUUCACAAAUGCUCAGUGUGUGUGUGUUUUGAGCUUAACUGAUUCGGAAGGGUGUUUUUGCCAUUCAUGGGUUAAUAGGGCUUUCAAGGAUAGUCUAUAUUUAAUAAUUAAGAAAGAUUUUCAGACUAUCACUUUGUACAACUUGUAGACUGCUUGUUAAGUCAAGAAAAUUUGAGGAUCUCAAUCAACUUUGUACUGUGGAGAUAUAGACUUUAAUGGUUUAAAAGCUUUAAUGUAGAGAACCUGUGGAGGGGUGGGAGGGAUUUACCAAUAUUAUGGAUCUCAUUUGUGGGCAUUUAAAUAGGUUCCUUAAUUUUUAAGAGGGUCCAAGCUUUAAUUAGAUUGGGUAAAUAUGUUGACACUUCUGCUUUUUGAAAAUAUGUUGAAAGCUAAAGGUUAUUUUGAGUAGGAAGUGUUGAUUGUGAUUGUUACUUUGUACCUGUGAUAGAUCAUAUAUUGAUGUUUCAUGCCUUGGCAAAUUUAUUUAGAUGUUUGAGUUGUAUUGCAAGCAUAUCUGUGAUACAUCACCAUUUCAAUUUUUAAAUAUAAUUGAAAUUUAAUCAAA